GGCGCUCUGCGUUUGGGGCGGCGGAGAGUGAGGGCGGGCGAGCGGGAGCCGCCGGAGGAGGAGAGGAGGAGAGGCGGCGGCGGCUGUGCGGCCAGCGGCGGCUGUGCUCCGCGCCCCGCGCUCCCCGCGCGGCUCUCCCGCUCCAUGUCGCCCAGCGCUCGGCGGCGAGGCCCCCGCGGGGCAAAGGCUGGCGCCGAGCGGGGAGCGGCGCGGCGGUGCUGAAGGACAGCUCCGCUCCGCGCUCCUCCGCGCUGCUCCGCGCCCCGGCGCGCCCCGUCGCCGUGUGGCCGCAGGGCCGCCGGCCCGCCGCGCCUUGAUGUGCCCCCCGCCACCGCGCUGGCGGCUCCCAUGGCGGUGGCACGGAAAAUCAAAACUUUGUUGACCGUGAACAUCUUGGUCUUCGUGGGCAUCAUCCUCUUCUCGGUCUACUGCAGGAUCCAGGACCGCUCCCAGGAGCUGGUGCAGAUCGUCCGGAGUGCGGACCGCCGGGCCAGGAGCCGCGGCGCCAAGGUGGGCAGCCUGGCGGACAGGGAGUCCAUCCUGCAGCGCCUGGACCACCUGGAGGAAGUGGUCUACAACCAGCUAAAUGGUCUGGCAAAGCCCAUGGGAUUAGUUGAAGGUCCAGGAGGUUUGGGCCAGGGGGGAAUGGCUGCUACCCUGAGAGAUGAUAGCCAUGAAUCAGAGACUAAGUAUGAAGAAUACGGUUACAAUGCCCAACUCAGUGACAGGAUAUCACUGGACAGGUCCAUCCCUGACUACAGACCAAAAAAGUGCAAACAGAUGACCUACCCAGAUGACCUGCCUCAGAUCUCCGUGGUCUUCAUCUUUGUGAACGAGGCACUGUCUGUCAUCCUGCGCUCGGUGCACAGCGUAGUGAAUCACACCCCGUCGCACCUGCUCAAGGAGAUCAUCCUGGUGGAUGACAACAGUGACAAUGUUGAGCUCAAAUUUAAUCUGGACCAGUACGUCAAUAAGAGGUACCCAGGCCUGGUGAAAAUAGUGCGCAACAACAAACGAGAAGGACUGAUUCGAGCCAGGAUCCAGGGCUGGAAAGCAGCAACUUCUCCUGUCGUUGGGUUCUUUGAUGCUCACGUUGAGUUCAACAUCGGCUGGGUGGAACCUGCGCUUACCCGGAUCAAGGAAGAUCGAAGGCGGAUCAUCCUGCCGGCCAUUGACAACAUCAAGUACAACACUUUUGAAGUGCAGCAAUACGCCAAUGCAGCCCACGGCUAUAACUGGGGCCUCUGGUGCAUGUACAUAAUCCCACCGCAGGACUGGCUCGAUAAAGGGGAUGAGUCAGCUCCCAUCAGGACACCAGCCAUGAUUGGAUGCUCGUUUGUAGUGGACCGGGAGUAUUUUGGUGAGAUCGGCUUGCUUGACCCUGGUAUGGAGGUCUAUGGAGGAGAGAACAUUGAAUUGGGCAUGAGGGUCUGGCAGUGUGGAGGCAGCAUGGAGGUGCUGCCCUGCUCCCGCGUGGCGCACAUCGAGCGCACGAAGAAGCCCUACAACAACGACAUCGACUACUAUGCAAAGCGCAACGCCCUGCGCGCCGCCGAGGUCUGGAUGGAUGACUUCAAGUCACACGUGUACAUGGCGUGGAACAUCCCCAUGGCAAACCCUGGAGUUGACUUUGGAGAUGUGUCUGAAAGAAUAGCCCUGCGACAGCGGCUGCAGUGCCGGAGUUUUAAGUGGUACUUGGAGAACGUCUAUCCUGAAAUGAGGGUUUAUAACAACACAGUCACUUAUGGAGAGGUGCGGAACAGCAAAGCAAGUGGCUACUGCUUAGAUCAAGGAGCCGAAGAGGAUGACAAAGCAAUCCUUUACCCAUGCCAUGGGAUGUCCUCUCAGCUUGUCCGCUACAGCUCGGAAGGCGUCCUGCAGCUGGGGCCACUGGGCUCCACAGCCUUCCUGCCCGACUCCAAAUGUCUUGUGGAUGAUGGGAAGGGCAGGACACCGACUCUGAAGAAGUGUGAAGAUGUCCUGAGACCAGCACAGAGGUUCUGGGAUUUCACACAGGCUUUGGGAGGAAGAACAACUGCCAGAAUUUUCUUCAUUGGAAACGUUUCUAGCAAUGAUGUUCCCUUUUCGACCGCUGCUGUGUCGACUGCCUGCUUCUUACUGCUCACCGAAGUCAAUUGCAAGGUCCUGCCACAGAUGAAAGGUGGGUUUGUGAAAAGCUAACGAACAAGCUGGAUAGAAACCAAGGAGUGAUCAGGUCUUGACACAUCUCUGAAUCUGGAUGCCACCAAAGUAAACCUAACAUUGUGCUCUCUCUGGAAAGAAUCCUAAGCUUAGGACAUUUUUGUACUGCUUCAUCAGGAAUCCCUACUCAAGAAAUCACUGCAGUGUAUCACAGUAUCAUCAGGGUUGGAAGAGACCUCACAGAUCAUCAAGUCCAACCCUUUACCACAGAGCUCAAGGCUAGACCAUGGCACCAAGUGCCACGUCCAACCUUGCCUCGAACAGCCCCAGGGACGACGACUCCACCACCUCCCUGGGCAACCCAUUCCAGUAUCCCACUGUGUGUACCACUGCAUCUUAUUUUGCAGAAAUGAUUUCUUUUGUGUGUGUGUUUGUGAUGUUAGUGAACUUAAGCUGAGAGCUGUAAUUGCUGAAUGCAUGGAAAAUACAUCAGUUGGCACCCUGAGCUACUGAAAUGUGUGCAUCAUACAUUUAUAGCUUCCUCUGUGGUAACAAGGAUGUGCUCGAAAUGCUAGGGCACUGAGGAGUGCUGGAGUUGGAGUCUGCUUGCCAAGUGAACCAAGGGAACUCAAGGAGUAAAUACUGAAAUUACACACUUAAUAGUUCUCAGUGAAUCUGUUACAAAGGGCAUCAGUGUUUGUGGCUUCCCAAAAAAAUGCAAUUAACUGCCUUUGGGUCUUCUCUUAACAAUUUCCCUGUUUCACUCUGCUAACUGUUGAAAUUGCCUUGUCCCCAUAAAGACCUGGGGUGCUUGUGCCAUGUGAAGAUUCUAGCUGUGUUUAUAAAAUGCCCCAGCUACCAGUGGCGUUGGAAAAAAGAGAUAUGCAGUGACCUCUUCAGCACAUUGGAAUGGAUUUUGGAAUGAUUUCACAAAAUGCAUUGGCUUAUAUUACCAACACAUUAAGCUACUCAAGGUACUGAGUUCAUGGGUUGCCCUGAGCAAAAAAACCCAACGUGUUUUCUUUGGCCCAGUGAAGCAAUAGAUGGUAACUCCAUGCUGAGGAACAGAGCUUCUGAAUUAAGAGUGUUCUUCAGAGAUGUACAGAAGCAUUUGUUGCUUUCCACUGGCCCUCACCAAGUAUGGUGCAGUUUUCAACCUCUCUGUAAUAAGUUUAAUUAAAGAGGCGAGAACUAGGCUGCGACUUGUGACUGCAAAUGGUUUUUCAUUCUGUGGCACACCAUCCAAUCAGUUUGUAUUUACACUUGAAAAGUUAAUAAAUUACUAUGCAUUUUCCUGCUGACAA